AUGUUGAUCACAGACCUGGCUCCCACUGUAACCUUUGUGGAGUUGUGUGAGGAGGUGAGAACGAUAUGCAGUGUUGCCAAGCAGCAGCCCAUCACACUCAAGUGGAUCGAUGAUGAAGGGGACCCUUGUACCAUCUCGUCUCAGAUGGAGCUGGAGGAAGCUUUUCGAAUUUACCAUCGAACCAAGAAGUCUGGAUUGCUGCUGCACGUUUUCCCCAGUAUCCCGGAGCAGCCUGGCAUGUUCUGUCCUGGAGAAGACAAAUCGAUCUAUCGCCGCGGGGCCAGAAGAUGGAGGAAACUCUACCGAUUCAACGGACACCUCUUCCAGGCCAAGCGCUUUAACAGGAAAGCCUACUGUGGCCACUGUAGUGAAAGGAUAUGGGGGCUGGGCAGGCAGGGCUACAAGUGUAUCAACUGCAAACUGCUUGUCCAUAAGCGCUGUCACAGACUUAUCCCUCAGACCUGCCAAAGGCUUAUGGAUCCAGUCAUGCCAUCACAGGAGCCCCCGUCAGACGCCAAGAGUGAGGAGGUGGACCUUCCACCGGAUGACACAGAGGACUCAGAUCGGAUAUCCUUUUUACCACACAACUGUACGGUGGAUAAAACAGAUGAUGCAGAUACUGAGGUGAGAAGGGCUCACAUAAAACUCCUCUACCCCCCUCAGGACAUCAAAGCAGUAGUGGAUGGCAUUGAUGGCAUUAAGCUGUCCCAGGGCCUGGCUCUCGGGCUGGGAGACUUUGACAUGAUCCGAGUGAUCGGCCGCGGCAGCUACGCCAAGGUGCUGCUGGUUCGGCUAAAGAAGAAUGAGCAGGUGUACGCAAUGAAGGUGGUGAAGAAGGAGCUGGUCCACGAUGAUGAGGAUAUUGACUGGGUGCAGACAGAGAAGCAUGUGUUUGAGCAGGCGUCCACCAAUCCAUUCUUAGUAGGCCUCCACUCCUGCUUCCAGACAGAGAGUCGGUUAUUUCUGGUGAUAGAGUAUGUGAACGGCGGGGACUUGAUGUUUCAUAUGCAACGACAAAGGAAGCUCCCAGAAGAACAUGCCAGAUUUUAUGCUGCGGAAAUCUGCAUCGCUCUGAACUUCCUGCACGAAAAGGGCAUCAUCUAUCGUGACCUGAAGCUGGACAACGUUCUGUUGGACUACGACGGACACAUCAAGCUCACAGACUACGGCAUGUGCAAGGAAGGGAUCAGACCAGGGGACACCACUAGUACUUUUUGUGGGACACCAAACUACAUCGCACCUGAGAUCCUCAGAGGAGAGGACUACGGCUAUAGUGUGGACUGGUGGGCUCUCGGCGUGCUGAUGUUUGAGAUGAUGGCUGGCAGGUCCCCGUUUGACAUCAUCACCGACAAUCCUGACAUGAACACAGAGGAGUACCUCUUUCAAGUUAUUCUUGAGAAGCCCAUUCGUAUCCCAAGGUCUCUGUCGGUGAAAGCUGCCAGUGUGCUCAAGGGUUUUCUAAACAAGGAUCCUAAGGAGCGGCUGGGAUGCCAGGUCCAAGAGGGCUUCACAGACAUCAAGUCACACACAUUUUUCCGCAGUAUAGACUGGGACCAGCUGGAGAAGAAAGAUGUGACGCCGCCCUUCAAACCUCAAAUCUCUGACGACUAUGGCCUCGAAAACUUUGACACGCAGUUUACUAAUGAACCAGUGCAGCUAACACCAGAUGAUGAGGACGUCAUCAAGAGAAUAGACCAGUCAGAAUUUGAGGGAUUCGAAUACAUCAACCCCCUGCUGCUAUCCACAGAAGAGUCUGUAUGA